CCGUGCGCGAAAGUUGACGUACGAUAAGUACAUCGAGGUGUUUUCUCUUACGUGAUCUGUUGAUUUACUCGAGUCGUGAAAACAGAUCGCGACGCGCAGCUGCGCGUCUCUUGGAACAGCUUUGGGAAAUAAACGAACAAGCGAAUGAUCGAACGUGUCUCUCCCACAAUACCGGUGCACUUUUCACCGAGGUGAUAAUCGUCGUGGCGUCAAGAUGAACGGGUUAGACAGAAUGGCUCGUUGCAACGAAGAAUCUUUUCUGCAGUCGCUGCAACCGAUGCACACGAGUCAAUCAACUCACGGUACCGCCGUUAUUUCGACGUCCCCCCCCGUGACGCCGAUCCUAGCAACGUGUGUUAUCACCGCGACCGAUAAGGUCACUGCCACUAAUACUAGUUCUACCCACGUGCCAGACGCCGGAUCAGCUGGUAGCCCUACUACCACCUCGCCGCCGUCUCCGCUGGACUCUCGUAUACCGAGGCCAUCGCCGUCGGCUCUGCGCCGUGCCGCGAGCUUGCGCUUGCGCGGCGAACGUCUACCACCACAUCAUCCGCGAUCCACCACUGCCGCUGCAGCCAGCACGGCCCUGGUCAGCCACCAAUAUCAUCCCCGUCGUCACAACCACUUCCUGCAAUCGUCGCAGCAGCAUCAACAUCCGGAUCAUUGUAUUUUCCCGGUCAUCACGGAGAAUGGAACUGACUCGCCGCGUCAACGAUCUUUCAGUCUCUCACUGACACCGGUGAGGCCGCGGCCAGGUCACGCGGCCUCUGGAGGAACGACAGCAGCAGGAGUCAACGACGACAGCGAUGCCGAGAGCGUGAAGAGUUAUAGCAGUGCUUGCAGUACAGCGAGUGCCUGUGAACAUGCCUCCUUUGCGUUGAACGGCACCACCUGGUCUGGUCGAUCGCGAAAAUAUGUCGUGCAUUGCUCGAAUUAUGUCGGUGAUAGCGAACAAUACCUCACGCCUACUCAAAGAGCGGCUAAACAAGUUCGAAAGUUUCAGGCUCUAUUGAAGGAAGCGCGCAAAGAAAUCGAUGAGAAGGACCGGGAAAUCUUGCGUUUGACGAAGGAGGUUGUAGAGUUGAGGUUGUAUAAGGCCUCUCUAAACAGUCCGGAUGAAAGAACGGAUAGCAGCGAUGCUCUUACCGUGCGUGAGAACAAUCCUUUCUCACCGGAGUCGCCGAGCAAGGAUCUUCCUGAUGAAGGUGCCGCGGAGAAAUCCAUCGCCAGUCCGGAAACUCCGGAGAAGCGUGCGCACACAGAUCUCACCUCGUCAUUAGCUGACUCCGGACACUUCGAAGAUGGUUCCGUCCAUUCGAAAGACUCCGUAUGCCUGCCUGAAUCGCAGCCGGAGAUUACUGUUAGCACGAUAACGGAUGCUAAUACAGUAUCCAAUGAUAUUGUUUCUGAUGCCAGUCCUGUGACACCAACAAGUGCAGAACGAGACGAAGAGAGGCGUCGAUUAGUUAGUCAUUACGAAAAUAGAAUCGAGGAUAUGCAUAGACGGCAUGUUGACGAACUGCAGGAGCUCAAACAAAAACACAAUGAUAAAGUGGAAAGCUUAUUAAAUCAACUGUCUGAGGUCAACACUCGAUACUGUGAAGUGCGGCCGGCUAUGGAUAUCGCUGAGACUCGUGCACGUGAAUUAGAAACGGAAUUAGAGGCUGUGAAGACUGAGCUUAAUGAACAGAAAACGCUUUUGAAUGAGCAAGAAGAGAGAAAUAAGCAAAUGUACCUGAAAAUGUAUGCCAAAGGUCAAGAAGCCGCGCGUAUUGAACAAGCCGAUCAGAUAUUCGUGCAAGCACAUCAAUCACCGCCUAAAGUCACCGUUGCAGAAUUGCUUCAACAGCUUACUAUCACACAAGCUGAGUUAGAGAAUAUUAAGGACACAAGCUACUCGCCUGAACCUCACAUUUCAGCCGAACGUAACCAAAGUUUAUUAAGCGCUCAGGAGGCUGUUUCUCUCUGGGUCCUUGGCACACGUAAGGCAAUGUAUAGGCGUAUUGUAGAGGCGAGAAGCAGUCAGGGUACUCUUGAUCCAGAAAUUACUCUUCAGUUCCUCAAGUCAGCGAUCUACUAUUUUCUAACCGAUAAGGAGAAUCAUCACGGUCACUUAAAUGCUAUUGAAAGUAUCUUGGGUUUCACGGACGCAGAAAGACACAACAUCGAUAGAUACUAUCGAUCGGCGAGGAAAUAA